AUGAAGGACAUUAUACUCCGUCUGUUGAAUAACAUUACCAUCACUGAGAGCAACUGUCCACGAGGAGCUCGAGUGGCCCUGACACUCUACAACAGUGAGAUAACCACUGACAUACGCUUUUCUGACGCCUUGAAAAAACGUGCAUUGUUGGAACGGGUGCAAGGCUUGCAGACUCUGAGGACAAAUAAGAAGCGCAACUUGGAAACAGCCAUGAACUUUUUGGCCCAAAACACCUUUAAGAGGGUGCGCAGUGGUUUCUUGGUGCGCAAGGUGGCUGUAUUCUUUGUGAAUGACCCGGUGGACCUCACAACAGAGUUCACAAAUGCUGCUUUGCGACUCUACGAUGCAGGAAUCACCACUGUCGUCCUCAUGCCUCGUCCGCCAAAAAAAUUCUUGCAGGUAAAUAACACCAUAUUAGCCUAUUUCAAGGACCUACCCUCUCCAGGCAGUGAAAAUUACAACACAAUAAUUAAGGAGAUAAUUGACUGCCACAUCUGCCUAGACAUCUGCACUCCCAAUCAGCUGUGUGAUUUUAAGCCUUCCCCAAGCACUAGGGAAAGAAGGGCCUCGCCCACGGACUUAGAUGUUGAUAUGGCUUUCAUUAUUGAUAGCUCUGAAAGCACUUGGCCGACUGUCUUUACAGAAAUGAAACGGUAUAUUGCUCACAUGGUGAAUCAGCUGGAGAUAUCAAUGGAACCAGCCACAAGUGCCCAUCAUGCUAGAGUUGCAUUGGUUCAGCAUUGCCCAUAUGAAUAUUUGUACAAUGAUAGCAGUAUUCCUUUUAGCAUGGCAUUUGGCCUGACAGACCACAAGUCAGUUCAUGAUAUCCAGAGCUUCUUACUGGACAAGGUGCACCAACUUGAAGGAGGCCGUGCUCUGGCAGCGGCUCUGGAGAGUACAGCAGAGCAUGUGUUUGAGAAAGCACCACAUCCACGCCAGCUGAAGGUGCUCAUUCUGCUUGUGACUGGACCAGUGGAAGAGAAUGAGGAGAAGUUGCUGAAGGCUGCCAUUGAUGUCAAAUGCAAAGGUUAUUUCAUUGUGGUGAUAGGAGUGGGUAAGCAGUUCAGUGCUGGUGAUGCUCGUAUCCUGGCCCAAGUGGCUAGUGAACCUUCCGAUGUAUUCUACAAGAGUGUAGAUGGACCACUAAGCUUCUAUGAUGACCACCUUCAGAGGUUUGCCCAACUACUGCCCAAGUACCUUAGUUUGAAGAAUGCCUUCUACAUGUCUGCUGAAGUCUCAAAGCACUGCCAGUGGUACCAAAGUGACCAACCAGUCAGGUCGCAAAACACUUACAAGAAAAACAAUAAACAUAAUGAGCAGGAACAGAAGGAAGAUAAGGAACAAAAGCUUAAAGAAGUAAAUGCUGAGGACCCGCAUCUAGUCAAUGUUACCUCCAAUAGUUUCACUUUGUUGUGGGUCAAUGAUGAUCCAAAAGCACACCAUGAAGUUACAGUGACCCACCUAAAAGAUCAUCGUGUAAUACUGCAGAGGAACGUGACCGGUUCCCAUCUUACACUCCAGGACCUGGAACCCAGUCAAACCUAUCAUGUUGUAGUCAUUGGCCACAGUCUUAAACAAAAGCUUACCAACACCUACAAAGGCAUAAUUACGACAAAAGCAGAGGAGCCUGCAUUUGUUGCCAAAGGGGAAGUGACAGGGGUAGUGACAACGGCACCACUGAGUAAGCCAGAAACUGUGGACCAUCAGCCACAGCAGAAUGUGGACAAGAUCAAAUCAGAGGACCCUCCAGCUCCAGCUGCACAGCUUUCAGUGGUGGACAUCUGUAAACUUCCCAAAGAAGAAGGCGCCUGCGCUAAGUUUGUACUUAAAUGGCAUUAUGACCCCGUCAACAAUAGCUGUACACGAUUCUGGUAUGGAGGCUGCGGUGGCAACCUGAAUCGUUUUGACACACAAAAGGAGUGUGAAAAAGCAUGUGGAAAAGCAGCCGCUGUUAAGCAGGCACCUGUCAUUGCUGCAGUGAGAACAUAAAGGGACACUGAUGAUGAUGAUUCAAGGUUCACCUCUAAGGGAAAAUUAUGAAAACCAAGUUGCCUGCACUGGAAUCUGCCAGAGGAAACCUUUAACAUUGACAGUUUGUCAUUUAACAAGUGAAAAUUUGUCAUUUUAAUUUUCUUUUUUUUUUUGAAAAAAAGCCAAACAGGUUGUUGCAUGAUAUUUUUGUACUGGUGCUAGAUAGUUAUUUGUUUGUUCAUUUGUUGUCCAUUUUCCCCAGAAAUACAGUACAAUGUCUAAAUAGCUAAAUUCCAGGACAAAAGAUGUUUGUUAUUGCUGUUUUUUCCUUCACAUGUAUGAACUGCUUGAUGAAAGCUUAUCAUUAUAUCUUUUGUGGGUUAUAGGGAUCACCUUGUUGUUGUUGUUCUUGUUGUUGUUUGCCUAGUUUUUAGUAAUUAAUGUAUGUUUAACUCACAAAGGCACUCUCAAGUGCCCUCAUUAUGCUUUCACUGCUUGUUUGCACAAAGCUUCUUUUUCAUUCUCUGAUCAGAUGUUGGAACCACACUCAUUCAUAAAAGAUCGAAAUGUUCUCAUUAAAAGAAUCCAAUCCUGAAUAUUAUGAUUUAUACAUUGAACUGAAUUUGGCAGUCUCAAAAACUAAAUCAUCAUUAGAUCAUCAUAUCUAACUAUAAGGUCACCACUGUUAAAUACUUUAAAUACUUUUAAAUACUGGAACAGAUGUGCAAAAAAGAAGUAAACUGAUUAAGUGUGCUUGUCAAUCAAGACUUAUUUUUGAUGUGUGUGCGUGUGUGUGUGCGUGUGUGUGUGUGUGUUGACAAGGUACAGGUUUUUUCACUUUUGUGUUUCAUAAAGAAAUCAGAAGACAUUAAUAAAUUAGUCUUUAUAUUAUA